AUGGAAGCCUUUUUCCUUCUGCCCUUCCCUAUUCUGCCUCUCUCUUGCCUUGUUAUUGCACAAAUCAACCAGUUCUUCCAGGAACGUAGGAGGAUGCUGAAGCGCCUGGGAAACUCACCCAUCACUUUUGUUGGGGCACCUGAAAUGGCUGUGUCCAACCCGCCUAACCUCUGGCUGGCAAAGCAGGGCUGGUCGCUUGCUGAGAAGAUGAAGGAGGGUUGCGCGCAGAAGUAUAUUGUGAAGAACUACUUCUACUACUACUUGUUCAAGUUUUCAGCUGCUUUGGGCGAAGAGAUUUUUUAUAUCACUUUCCUUCCGUUUACCUACUGGAACAUAGAUCACUCUGUUUCUAGAAGGAUGAUAAUUAUUUGGUCUAUAGUGAUGUACAUAGGCCAGGUCUCCAAGGACAUCCUGAAGUGGCCCCGGCCCCUCUCACCACCUGUCGUCAAGCUGGAAAUGAGGACAGACGCAGAGUACGGGAUGCCUUCCACCCACGCCAUGGCAGCCACCGCCAUCUCCUUCUCCUUCCUCAUCGCAACCGUGAACCAGUACAAGUACCCGUUUGAACUCGGCCUGGCAGCAGCGUUUGUGUUUUCGACGCUGGUGUGUCUCAGCAGGCUCUACACGGGGAUGCACACGGUCCUGGAUGUCAUUGGUGGAGCACUGAUUUCGUCUGUGCUGCUCGUGCUCUUGUAUCCUGCGUGGGACAUGAUUGAUCACUUGCUGUUGACCAGUCCCUUCUGUCCACUCCUUUCCAUAGCUGUCCCUCUUGUCUUAUGUUACAACUACCCCAAACUAGACUAUUACAGCCCUACCAGGGCAGACACCACUACUAUCUUAGGAGCAGGAGCUGGAGCAACUGUGGGAUUUUGGUUAGAUAACCAGUACGCCACACCAGUCUACACCAGAGAAAAUUUUCAGCUUGAAUUUCCUGUGAUCACCAGUAAAAUAGUGGUGGUUGUCCUAGCCAGGUUCUUCGUCGGGAUCUUUGUUGUUCUACUGACGCGCUGGCUCGUGAAGAGCGUGGUCCUUGGCAUGCUGGGUUAUCGGUACAAGUUUCCCAUUGGCGACCUGGAAGCCCGGAGACGACUGGAAGUCGAAGUGCCGUAUAAAUUUAUAACGUACUCCUCAGUUGGCUUCUGCGCUACUGUGCUCGUGCCGCUGCUGCACAAGCUGUUAGGACUGAUGUGA